GCACUUUUAGGCAGACGCAAAAUCUAUUGGUGUUGUGCUGCGGGUACUGAAUGGCGCAUCGCUGUCUGCUGCUCCCCUGCGCUGGGCGGGCACUGACGGGGACCCUUGUACAACUUCUACCCCGACCUGCUACUGGCAGAGCAGGGGCCUGCUGUUUGGGCAGAAUUCACACCCAAGUAAAUUCAUUUGGGAAAGAAAAGACAUGGGCCAAUAUUCUAGCUGCUUACAGAAGACUCACUUCUCAACCCCCAAAAGGUUUUGAGAAAUAUUUCCCUAAUGGCAAAAAUGGCAAGAAAGCCAAUGAUAGCAAGGGGACAUCAAGUGGUUUAAAAGAUGCCAAACGAAACGAUAGCCAACAGUCCACAGGAGGGAACAGUAAUUCUGGUGGAGGGGGUAAGCGAGGUGGAAAGGGAAGUGGAAAGAAAGAAGACUCAACAUGGUGGUCAAGAUUACAGAAGGGAGAAAUUCCAUGGGAUGAUAAAGAAUUCCGGUUCUAUUUUAUGGCAAGUGCUGGUUUUUGGGCCAGUGUUACCUAUUAUUUCUUCUUCAGAAACUCUGGCAGAGAGAUAACUUGGAAGGACUUUUUCAAUAAUUACUUAUCUAAAGAUAUGGUGGACCGCCUUGAGGUUGUUAAUAAACGCUUUGUUAGAGUCAUAUUUACGCCAGGAAAGUCACCUGUUGAUGGGCGUUAUGUCUGGUUUAAUAUUGGCAGUGUGGACACUUUUGAGAGGAAUUUGGAAACUGUGCAGCAAGAGCUUGGUAUAGAAGGAGAAAACAGGAUACCAGUUGUGUAUUCUUCUGAAAGUGAUGGCUCCUUCCUGCUGAGUAUGCUUCCUACAGUACUGAUAAUUGGCUUUCUCCUGUACACACUGAGAAGGGGGCCAGCUGGAGCAAGGCAAGGCCGUGGUAUGGGUGGCUUGUUCAGUGUUGGAGAGACAACUGCAAAGGUGCUCAAGGAUGAAAUUGAUGUAAAGUUCAAGGAUGUAGCUGGAUGUGAAGAAGCAAAACUCGAGAUAAUGGAAUUUGUUAAUUUCCUGAAAAAUCCAAAGCAAUACCAAGAUUUAGGUGCAAAAAUACCAAAGGGUGCUGUUCUGACUGGUCCUCCUGGCACAGGGAAGACUUUGCUGGCAAAAGCUACAGCAGGAGAAGCCAAUGUCCCUUUCAUCACAGUCAAUGGCUCAGAGUUCCUAGAGAUGUUUGUUGGUGUUGGGCCUGCCAGAGUGCGUGAUUUAUUUGUACUGGCAAGAAAAAAUGCCCCUUGUAUCCUAUUCAUUGAUGAGAUCGAUGCAGUUGGUAGAAAAAGAGGACGUGGAAACUUUGGUGGUCAAAGCGAGCAGGAGAACACACUCAACCAGCUCCUGGUAGAAAUGGAUGGUUUUAACACAACAACAAAUGUAGUUGUUUUAGCUGGCACAAAUAGACCAGAUAUUUUAGAUCCCGCACUCUUGCGGCCUGGGCGGUUUGACAGACAGAUCUAUAUAGGUCCUCCAGAUAUUAAAGGCAGAGCAUCUAUAUUUAAAGUGCACCUCAGGCCGCUAAAGUUAGAUGGAGCUAUUGAAAAAGAAAGUUUGGCAAGGAAGCUUGCUGCAUUAACACCUGGUUUCUCAGGAGCUGACAUUGCGAAUGUGUGUAAUGAAGCUGCUCUCAUCGCGGCAAGACAUCUUUCUGAUGCCAUAAACCAAAAGCAUUUUGAGCAUGCCAUUGAGCGGGUAAUAGGAGGUUUGGAAAAGAAGACCCAAGUUCUUCAGCCAGAGGAAAAGAAAACCGUUGCGUAUCAUGAGGCUGGCCAUGCAGUGGCAGGGUGGUUUCUGGAGCAUGCAGAUCCUCUUUUAAAAGUUUCUAUCAUUCCAAGAGGCAAAGGAUUAGGUUAUGCACAGUAUUUGCCUAAAGAACAGUAUUUAUAUACAAAGGAGCAGCUGCUGGAUAGGAUGUGCAUGACACUGGGAGGUCGUGUAUCAGAGCAAAUAUUUUUUGGAAGAAUUACAACUGGUGCACAAGAUGAUCUGAAGAAAGUUACUCAAAGUGCCUAUGCCCAGAUUGUGCAGUUUGGAAUGAAUGAAAAGGUUGGCCAAGUGUCUUUUGACCUGCCACGUCAAGGAGAUAUGGUGUUGGAGAAGCCUUACAGUGAAGCAACUGCCAGACUGAUUGAUGAUGAAGUUCGAGUUCUUAUUAACACCGCUUAUGAGAGAACAUUAACGCUUCUAACAGAGAAGAAAGCAGACAUUGAAAAGAUUGCCCUUCGCUUGCUGGAAAAAGAGGUGCUUGAUAAAAGUGACAUGGUUGAAUUACUGGGCAAAAGACCUUUUGCAGAGAAGUCAACUUACGAAGAGUUUGUUGAAGGCACUGGCAGUUUGGAUGAGGAUACUUCCCUCCCUGAGGGUCUAAAGGACUGGAACAAAGACAGAGAAAAAGAAAGGGAUGAUUCUUCUGACGAGCAGAUUACCCGACAGAUUGGUGGGCCGAUGCCCUUUUGAUCAGUUAUACAAUUUGACUUGUAGCACUUUUUUUCAUUAUGCUGGAACUCUGGUCAACACAGAUGAGAACAGGUGGUUUCUGAUAGAGGGAAAACUUCUAAGAAUAAGGGAUGUUUUAAAAUGUUUAUUCAAGCAAUUCUUAUGUUCUUUAAAUCUUUUCUUUCAGUAUGAAUUGAUGAAUGCAAGUAUUGCACCCCUCCCUGCAUAUGUGACCUUUAUGCACAAGACUUAAGUUAUUAUGCAUUUUUUACAUUAAAUGCUGCUGUGUCAUAAUGUCACUGCAAAAAGACCCUCUAAUAUUGAUGUUCAUUUUAUAUGGGGAAUUGUGUUAUUGGUACACAUUAAUUUAUGAUAAGAUGGUAAGGAGGUUGCAAAAUAACAUAGUAGCCUGGGCUACAAAACGACUUUCUUGUUUUGGCAGAUAUCUGUACACUCUUGUGCAAUCUGUAAAGAAUUUGUCUUGUUUGAAAUUAAUUGCCUCUGUGGAAUCCAAGAGAUCAGAAAAUGACCCAAAAAUGAUGCAAGUUCUGCUAUCGUAAGGCAGAAGCAUCAGUGAGAGGCAUGCCAUUAACCCAACACAGAGACCUUCACAUUUUCAGCUCUGGGGAUCAUUUCCUGACAGGCACCAGGGAUAGUUCUGCACAUUGUGUUAACUCGUAGUUCACAGCAGCUGCUUCCAGUAUUACAAACUAAAUAAUAUAUUUGUUGAUGUGGAAAAAAAAUGUUGUUUUAAAACAACUUAAUGACAUUUGGGACUGCAUUUCUAAGAUGAAUUGCAGUUUACAAAUAUUAUAUUGAUGAUGACUAAUGUGCAAGAAAAUUAUGAUUUAUGUAAGUAUUUAUGCCUACUAUCCAAAAUCAAACAGAAUGCACACAAUACAAAUCGUCUGCUGUUUCCUUUUAUUCAUGGGUUGCCAGUGAGCUUGGCAAGAAAACUGCAUGCUCUCUCUGUAACAUGUUCCAAUGUAGCCUAUGAAAUGUCACCCUACGCCAGUCAGUGUUUUUAAACAGAUAUCUACAAUUUUUUUGAGAUUUUGUGAUGUGAUAUGUAUUCUGCCUUCCACAACCAGGGCACAUACUAGAAUACUAUGUCUUCCCAUCCCUGCAAAGCCUAAACACCAUACAGCACAGUAAAAUAAUUUAAAAUAAGUCUAAAAGGAAUAAGGAAGGAUUAAAGGUAUCUAUGGGGCAGUUUAUUUUGCAAUAUUGUCGAUUUUAUCCAAAGGUUAGAUUUAAGUUAGUUUUAUCCAACCCUAUGCAUGUUUAUGUACUAUAACUCCUUAACAUUGUGGGUACUGGGAACCUUUUGAUACGGAGUUCAAAAACAUUGCAUCUUAACUUACCAGGCACAGUUCGGUCAGUAAGCCUUUGUUUUCACUUGUUAUAUGGAGCUUGUAAACCUGUGACUGAGACUGAGCAUCUUGGACUCAAAUUAUAGGUCCCACAGAAAUGGCCUUUUAUUCAUAUUUUUAAAGGACCUAUAAUGAAUCAUCAUUUUUUUAUUAUAUAAAUAUUACAGCAGCACUGAAUGUACAUGUAGAUGUACUGUAGCACUUACCUGGGUCUUUUCCUGUAAGAACUUAAUUGUGGCAUUACUUGUGGUUGUACUUUUAACACUUUCACUGUACGAUGCUUGCCAAGAUGUACCGCAAAUCCAGUUAUGGCUGAAAGUUUGAGUUUUACCAAAUUGCACGGAAUAUAUUAUAGUGAAAUUGGUAAAUGGAAGCAGGUCAUAUAUAGAUAAGCACUUAAUUUUGAUGAAAUACAAACCCUAAAAUUU